CAAAACAGUUUUAUCAUGAGGUGGCUAUCUGUGGCUGUUCUGUUCUUGGGCGCUAUUACUUGCCUGCCAGAUGAGUCUCUUGCUUUGGAUAGAGUCAGAGAGCAUGUUUCGGAGGACAGAGGGCGGAGACUUGCCAAGAGAACCCAUGAAGCCUCCGACUGGAGCACCUCCAUGCCGGACGAGUGGGUCCUAUUGGCUUGGCAGAUAAAAAGAGUUUUGGACGUCCGACAAGGACGCUCUCGCGACAUCCGACGGGAGAUCAAGACUCACGGCAUCGAAUGGAUGAGCCUCACUUGCGGGCGGCAAGUACAGGAGCCCACCGGGAGACCAGCGUCAACGUCCGACACGAGAUCAAGACUACAAUGUCGGACGGAUAGCCUUGCCGACAGGCUCGGCAUGGGCGGAUUGGAGAUUGUUGCAGAUAAAAUUUUGGGAAAGCGCGCAUACGACGCCGGGAUUGAAACCGUGACUGAGGCCGGACAGGAGAUAUUUACAGAACUCUUUAUCUGGAUGGCUGGACAACGCGAGUUCGGCUAUGAUGGCCAGGUAGUCAUUAAGCUCGCGUCGCCUUUUGUAGGAAAGAAUCAAAGCCAGACAAGAGGACAAGAACCACUUAUUCCAAAAGUCUAUCUUGGAAUCAGCAAACGUGUUCAUGCAAAUGCCUCUACAGAAGUAGCCGUGGAAAAGGUGUUUUUGCAUCCAGACUUUCAGAACACAUCCGAAUGGGACAAUGACCUUGCUCUGAUCAAACUGAAUGAGCCAGUCAAAUUUAGUGAGUCGGUAAUGCCCAUCCCACUUCCUGAGAUUGGAGAUAACCAGGAAGAAAAGGAAGAAGAGAAAGGCAUCAUCGCCGGGUGGGGCUGGGGAAGAAUUUUUACCCCUGCUCCAGUACUCAAGUUUCUCUCUUUGCCUAUACGGUCAUGCAAGGGUAACUACCAGGCAAACGUUCUUGCAAGUACACCAAACGUGAAUGACAAACAGUUCUGUACAGGACCCAGUAAGUACCAGGAAAACGUGUGCUUUGGCGAUGCAGGCGGCGCUCUUGCAUUCCUUAACCCCAACACCAGUACAGUGUAUGCUGCGGGCAUCCUCUCCUUUGACAAAGCUUGUUCUGUAGAAGAGCAUGCUGUCUACACAAAGAUUUCUGCCUACCUGCCCUGGAUUCAUAGUGUCAUGAGAGGUGAUUCACAAGAAUUUCCAGCUAGGCGUGCGUCACUCAUAAGUCACAUGUUUUCACAGCAGCAGUAGUGUGAUCUUUAUGCAGUAACAACUGCUUGAUAAAUAUGAAUUUAUUUCACUCGUGUGUACUUUGCACUAUUUACUGUUGCCUGAAUAAAAUGUGUCGUCAAAACAUUUAAAUCAAUAUUUGAAGCAAAACUACAAUGUCCAUGAUGGAACGCCUUUAAAGUGUCAAUUCUGUAAGCAAUGGAAAUACAAUGGAAAUCAAGCUUGCUUCUUUUAGGAGAAGUUAAAUAUGAUUUGCUGAUUAAUGUGUAUAAAAUUGAGCUUUCACAGACAUCGGUGGCUCACUAUGCAUAAAAAGGCAAAUUUACUACUGAAUUGAAUAAUAAUAUAAUAAUAAUAUUGAAUGUCAUACUGAAUUAUGUAAUAAAAAGUCAAUAAUUUUUAUAGCACAUUCCAUUAAAAUGGUUUAUUACUUUA